AUUUAUGCAACCAUCCUUGUAACUACAGAAUGAAGUUCUUUCCUAGUUCUUUCCUCAAACUAGAUAUUUCUUCUCAUACUCUAAACCUUUAGUAAAAUUCCACCAUGUCUAAUAAUCAUAAUCUACAAUAUGAUGGUACCUCAUUUAUCAUUGACAUCACCAAUACCCUCGCCAAAGUCACUUCCAAAUACACCAAUGCAAAAAGAAGGUGGCGUUUUGCAUACACAGCUAUUUAUUCUAGAAGGGUUAUGCUUUCCCUUGCAAAAGAGGUUAUAUCUAGAAAAAACUCUAACCCUUACACAAAACUCUUUCACACAGAAUCUUCAAGUUCCACCACUACUCUUGAUAUAAUUGAACCACUAAUUACACAACAUAAUGGAACCAAUCAUUACUCUUUGGUUUCUGAUGUUGUUGUUGAUAAGACCAAACUUGCUGAUAUGGUUAAGGACAAAAACUUGAAGUCCUUAAGUGAGUUUGGUGGAGUUGAAGGUGUUGGACAUGUUCUUGGAACAUUUCCAACAAAGGGAAUUAUUGGAAGUGACGAUGAUAUUUCGAGACGGCUCGAGUUGUUCGGUUCAAAUACUUACAAAAAACCACCACCAAAAGGUCUUUUACAUUUUGUGCUUGAAGCUUUCAAUGAUACAACAAUUAUCAUUCUUCUUGUUUGUGCUGGUCUUUCCCUUGGUUUUGGUAUUAAAGAACAUGGACCAGGGGAAGGUUGGUAUGAAGGUGGAAGUAUAUUUCUAGCAGUUUUUCUUGUUGUGGUUGUAAGUGCACUAAGCAAUUUUAGACAAGAAAGACAAUUUCACAAAUUGUCUAAGAUAAGCAACAAUAUCAAAGUUGAAGUUGUGAGAAAUGGAAGGCCACAACAGAUAUCAAUUUUUGAUGUUCUUGUGGGAGAUAUUGUGUCUCUCAAGAUUGGUGAUCAAAUUCCGGCUGAUGGAGUAUUUUUAUCCGGUUAUUCGUUGCAAGUGGACGAAUCUAGCAUGACAGGUGAGAGCGACCAUGUAGAGAUUGAGCCUUUAAGAGCUCCUUUUUUGUUGUCCGGCGCAAAAGUUGUGGAUGGAUAUGCUCAGAUGCUUGUAACAUCUGUGGGCAAAAACACAUCAUGGGGACAAAUGAUGAGCUCGAUAUCGCGAGACACUAAUGAAAGAACGCCGUUACAAGCACGCCUCGACAAGUUAACCUCUUCGAUUGGAAAGGUUGGACUUGCAGUAGCGUUUCUUGUACUUCUAGUGUUGUUAAUUCGUUAUUUCACAGGUAACUCACAUGAUGAGAAAGGGAAUAAGGAAUUUCGAGGAAGCAAAACCGAUAUAAAUGAUGUUAUGAAUUCUGUUGUGAGUAUCGUUGCGGCUGCAGUCACUAUUGUGGUCGUUGCCAUCCCUGAGGGUUUGCCAUUGGCUGUGACACUAACUCUUGCUUACUCCAUGAAAAGAAUGAUGGCAGAUCAUGCUAUGGUGAGGAAACUUUCAGCUUGUGAAACUAUGGGAUCAGCAACAGUUAUCUGCACUGAUAAAACAGGUACCUUGACAUUGAAUCAAAUGAGGGUGACCAAGUUUUGUCUUGGUCCUGAAAAUAUUAUAGAAAAUUUUUCCAAUGCAAUGACACCAAAAGUUCUUGAGUUGUUCCAUCAAGGGGUAGGGCUCAAUACAACUGGUAGUGUCUACAAUCCUCCAUCUGGUUCUGAACCUGAAAUUUCAGGGAGUCCAACGGAGAAAGCUAUACUCAUGUGGGCAGUAUUGGAUUUGGGUAUGGACAUGGAUGAAAUGAAACAGAAGCAUAAAGUCCUUCAUGUUGAAACAUUUAACUCGGAGAAGAAACGAAGCGGUGUUGCUAUAAGGAAAGAGAACGACGACAACAGCGUUCACGUGCAUUGGAAAGGAGCUGCAGAGAUGAUACUUGCAAUGUGUACAAACUAUAUUGAUAGUAACGGCGCGAGGAAGUCCCUUGAUGAAGAAGAACGGAGUAAAAUUGAGAGAAUCAUUCAAGUUAUGGCUGCUAGUAGUCUAAGAUGUAUUGCUUUUGCUCACACGGAGAUUUCAGAUUCCGAAGAUAUUGAUUAUAUGAUCAAAAGGGAGAAAAAAUCACAUCAAAUGCUUAGAGAAGAUGGAUUGACAUUGCUUGGCAUCGUUGGCCUCAAGGAUCCAUGCAGACCAAACACUAAGAAAGCUGUGGAAACUUGCAAAGCUGCAGGAGUUGAAAUUAAGAUGAUCACCGGCGAUAACAUAUUCACUGCUAAGGCAAUAGCAAUAGAAUGUGGAAUAUUAGAUUCUAAUAGUGAUCAUGCAAAAGCUGGAGAAGUGGUGGAAGGUGUUGAAUUCAGAAGCUAUACAGAGGAAGAGAGAAUGGAAAAAGUCGAUAAUAUCCGAGUAAUGGCAAGAUCAUCCCCUAUGGACAAACUUUUGAUGGUGCAAUGCUUAAGAAAGAAAGGUCAUGUAGUUGCGGUCACAGGCGACGGCACAAACGAUGCACCUGCCUUAAAAGAAGCUGAUAUAGGACUUUCUAUGGGAAUCCAAGGAACCGAAGUCGCCAAAGAAAGUUCCGAUAUCGUCAUCUUAGACGACAACUUCAAUUCUGUUGCAACUGUUUUAAGGUGGGGAAGAUGUGUUUACAACAACAUCCAGAAAUUUAUUCAGUUUCAACUAACAGUGAAUGUUGCAGCACUUGUGAUAAACUUUAUUGCAGCAGUUUCUUCUGGUGAUGUUCCCUUAACAACAGUUCAACUUCUUUGGGUGAAUCUCAUUAUGGAUACACUAGGUGCUUUGGCACUAGCAACAGAAAGGCCUACAAAGGAGUUAAUGAAGAAAAAGCCGAUAGGUCGUACCGCGCCUCUAAUUACAAACAUUAUGUGGAGAAACCUUCUAGCUCAAGCUUCAUAUCAGAUUGCAGUUCUUCUGAUUAUGCAGUUUUAUGGAAAAUCAAUCUUCAAUGUAAGUAAGGAGGUAAAGGAUACACUAAUUUUUAAUACUUUUGUUCUCUGCCAAGUUUUCAACGAAUUCAACUCAAGAAGCAUGGAGAAACUUUAUGUAUUUGAAGGGAUUCUUAAAAACCACUUGUUUCUUGGAAUUAUUGGUAUUACUAUUGUUCUUCAAAUCCUGAUGGUGGAACUGCUAAGGAAAUUUGCUGAUACAGAAAGAUUAACAUGGGAGCAAUGGGGAAUUUGUAUUGGAAUUGCAGUUGUUUCAUGGCCACUUGCUUGCUUAGUAAAGCUCAUACCUGUUUCAGAUAAACCUUCAUUCAGUUAUACUAAGUGGGUUAAAUUAUUAGUCUUCAAGAUUAAGAAUGCUUUUUAAUUUCACCUCAUGUUUCACUCAAGUAUCUUGAAAACUAGAAUGUGCUAUUCAAGUAUAGUUACAUAGGGGAUAUUGAUUUUCCAUGUGUCUCAUACCAAAUAUGUGGAAUUUUUAGCAAAUACCUUUAUUUAGGCCUUGAACUAUAGUAUAGUAUAGGUAGCAUUUGUGGUUGAUAAGUUCUUGGAAUGUGAGAGUGUAUAAUAAACAUAACUAGCUGUAUCUAUUCAUGUUAACUUCUCUUAAGUGUACCAAAAGUAUAUAAAGUAUUAGGGUUGAUGAAGCCUUCAAAUUUGUAUGUAAGAACAGAGUUGCAUUCAUUAGCUGUUACAGGUAUGCAUUCAUUUGCUUAUAUUGACUCUAAGAUAUCCAAGCUCAUCAAAUUUUAUGUGAUUUUUGUAUGUAAUAUUGUCUUCUGA